GAAACGUAUUCCUUUUUCAGUUCCCAGUUUCGCGAAAGGUCGCUACCAAAUCAUUCUGGUAAGAAAUCUUGAACUGUGAGGAUCAUUUCUGCUUGGUAAAUUGCUGAUUUUUGACCAUAGACGUGUGGACAACUGUAAACUCAAGGAGACUAAAAUAUUCAGCAGAAUGAUGAAGUGCACUAUUUUGUUUGCGACUUUGGUCGGUCUUGCUCUCGCCGGAUCAUCUCAAGACGAAAAACAGUUUGACCAGGAAAAUGAUUGGAAAUCUGCUGUUUUUUACGACUUCUGGGCCAAAGACAUCAACGGGAAUGUUGUUCAGCUGUCAAAAUAUAAAGGAAAGGUUCUCAUUGUCGUCAACGUCGCCAGUAACUGCAAAUUGACUGAAUCCAACUAUAGGCAGCUUCAGUCGCUUUAUCAUAAAUACAAAGAACAAGGUCUGAGUAUUCUCGCAUUCCCCUGUAACCAGUUCAAAGCACAGGAACCAGGAACCUCAGAAGAAAUCAAGGAGUUCGUUAAAAAAUACGGCGUGACCUUUGAUAUGUUCGAGAAAAUUGAAGUAAAUGGCGAAAACGCUCAUCCUCUCUGGAAAUGGAUGAAGGCUCAACCCAACCCAGCUAAAUCUUUGGGCAAGGACAUCUCGUGGAACUUUACCAAAUUUGUCAUCAGCAAAACAGGAGAAGUUGUUGCCAGAUUUACACCCCAUACCGAGCCGAAGGAGAUGGGAGAAACACUCGAAAUCUACCUCAAGAAGGAAGCAGAAUGAUAUCCUUAGUUAUGGUAUUUUUAAUUUUUUGUUUCGUGUUGUAAAUUUUAUUGAAUUGAUAAGUUUUUGACCUCUCAGAGGAGAAAUUAAUUUUGAUAGGAUAAAAUAAGAUUAGGUUUGUGAGAUUCAAUUUGAAGUUUGACAGCAUGUAAAUAAUUAUUGAUAAUAAAGUUUUGUAAGUUUGUUUUUCAAUGUUAAA